CUGGAAAUAUAAGAUUCCAGGGCAGAGAUUUUCAUGCUCUGAAAACCAGGCAUGACAAUUCCUGCUUAAAGUCCUGUUCUCUGCCAUCAGACACAAACUUCAAGUAGGGCAGAUCAUCGCUGGGGGAUCUAUUUAUUAGCAGUUUGAAGACAACCUGAAGCUGCUGAAUCACUGUUGGAACCUAAUAAGAAUUGCAUUAUGUGGGUAACAAACCUGGCAGCCCUGGUCCUCCUGGCCACUCCAGCCUCUGCUGCCACGGCCGCAUCAGCAGACAAAGUCCUCAGCAACCAUGCUGCCAUCCUGGCAGACAACAGCGCCACCCUGGCUUUCAGUCUCUACCAAAACAUGGCAAAAGAGACAAACACUGAAAACAUCCUCAUCUCCCCUGUGGUGGUGGCCUCCUCUCUGGGUCUGGUGGCUCUCGGGGGAAAGGCCUCCACUGUCUCGCAGGUAAAAAACAUUCUGAACGCAGCCAAAGUUAAAGAUGAGCAGCUGCACUCCGGUCUGGCCGAGCUGCUGACGGAGGUGAGCGACUCAAAGACCCGAAAUAUCACCUGGAAGAUCAGCAGCCGUCUGUAUGGACCCAACUCUGUAAAAUUUGUGGAUGAGUUUGUCAAGAGCAGCAAAAAACACUACAACUGUGACCACUCCAAGAUAAACUUCAAAGAUAAGAAGAGUGCUGUGAACUCCAUCAACCAGUGGGCAGCCAAGUCUACUGAUGGCAAAGUGCCCGAGGUCACCAAGGAUGUAGAGAAGACUGAUGGGGCAAUGAUCGUCAAUGCAAUGUUUUUUAAGCCUCGCUGGGACGAGCAGUUCCAUCACCAGAUGGUGGACAACCGUGGAUUCCUGGUAUCCCGCGGCUACACAGUUUCAGUACAGAUGAUGCACCGUACAGGUCUCUAUGGCUUCUAUGAUGACAGCACCAAUAAGCUGUCCAUCCUGAGCAUGCCUCUGGCUCACAAGAAGUCAAGUGUGGUGUUCAUCAUGCCCUACCAAGUGGAGACCCUGGAGAGACUGGAGAAGAUGCUGACCAAGAAGCAGCUGGACACGUGGAUGGGCAAGCUGCAGCAGACAGCAGUAGCUCUGUCUCUGCCCAAAGUCAGCAUGGAAGUCAGUCACAAUCUGCAGAAACACCUUGGGGCGCUGGGCUUGACAGAUGCUGUGGACAAAUCCAAAGCGGACUUCUCCAAAAUUUCCGGGAAAAAGGAUCUGUACCUGUCCAGUGUGUUCCAUGCCUCUGCCUUGGAAUGGGACACUGAUGGGAACCAAAUUGAUACCAGCGUCUUUGGCACAGACAAGCUGAAAAACCCUAAACUGUUCUAUGCUGACCACCCUUUCAUCUUCCUGGUGAAGGACCAGAAGACCAACUCCAUCCUGUUUAUUGGCCGGAUGGUCAGGCCAAAGGGUGAAAAGAUGAGAGAUGAAUUGUGACCAUGUGUUGACCUUAGUGUCUAGUUUAAAUGUCCGACUGUGUGUCGAUGUGUAGAGUUUCUAUGGCAAUAUGCUUAGAGAAGUGGGAUAUAAAAUCUAGGUUUGAUAUUGGCACAACUGCAUUCCUUUGUUCCAUGCAGACAGCAUUCCACAAAAGCACUGUACAACCCCCAUUGUUAUCAUGUUUUUUUUGGUUAUGUAGUGGCACAUCAUCUUAUGGACUGAAGACUUACAUUAAGUAUGAUUUCCCUGAUUAAUGCCUAAAAUGCAAAUGCACAGUUUCCUGAAACUUAAUUAUUUGAACUGAUAUAGUCUCCGUUCUAUGGUGUUUGCUGUUUUAUUGAUCAAAAUUAUUUUCUCAAAUUUCCCCGUCGAGGGAGGAAUAAAAGAAUAUCAUAUCUUAUCUUAUUCUUAUUCUUAUCUUAUCUUUAGUUUGUCAACUUGCCUGCUUUGUCCAUUGGUUUUCACAGAUAUUUAGCUAAUUUUUUUGCACAGCUUUCUCCUACGAGCAUGUUUUUCUUUAACCAAGAGCCUACAGUGCAUUUUUUCUUGGUAUUGACCUACCAAGGCACACAGAUUUAAUAUGAACUGUGUCCAAAGGAACAUGUGCACACAUUGUUUUUAGCUGUUACAAAUUGCUUGAUUUUCAAUAAAAAAAAGGAAAAAUG